ACAAGCAGGGUCUCAGGCAGAGGAGAGUCUCUAGAAAAGGAGAGUUCAGAUACAGUGAUGCCACCACUCUGUGCUGUUCUUCUGCUUUUCAGCAAAGUCUAUGGCCUGUUCGGGGAGAAUGUCGUGCAGCCUGACGGUCUUGUGACAGCUCAGCUUGGAGAAACUGUGAUGCUCCGGUGUUUUUUUCCUGUGCGAGUUACACCCAAUUUCAGCUGGUUUAAGCAGCCUCUUGGAAAGAAGCCUCAGCUAUUAGCAAGGAUAUGGAGCUAUGAAUCAGAAACUACAUUUUACAAUGAGUUUAAAAACAGUAAACGCUUCAGUGCUAAAGCAGUGAAGGGGAGCUUUAACCUGACUGUGUCACAAGUAGAGUCGUCUGAUUCAGCCACAUACUACUGCAGUACUACAGGCUUCAAUGAGAUCAGCUUUGGAGGUGGAACCACUUUAAUGGUGAUGGAUGGCCUAUUUGGGAAGAAUGUUGUCCAGCCUGAAGCGCUGGUGACAGCUCAGCUUGGAGAAACUGUGAUGCUCCCGUGUUUUUUUCCUGUGCGAGAUGUGCCCAAUUUCAGCUGGUAUAAGCAACCUCUUGGACAGAAGCCUCAGCUAUUAGGAAGGAUACGGAGCUAUGAAUCAGAAACUACAUUUUACAAUGAGUUUAAGAACAGUAAACGCUUCAGUGCUAAAGCAGAGAAGGGGAGCUUUAACCUGACUGUGUCACGAGUAGAGCCGUCUGACUCAGCCACAUACUACUGCGCUAUUACACCCUUCAAAGAGAUCAACUUUGGAGAUGGAACCACUUUAAUGGUGAUGGAUGGCCUAUUUGGGGAGAAUGUUAUGCAGCCUGAAGCGCUGGUGACAGCUCAGCUUGGAGAAACUGUGAUGCUCCCGUGUUUUUUUCCUGUGCGAGCUGUGCCCAAUUUCAGCUGGUAUAAGCAGCCUCUUGGACAGAAGCCUCAGCUAUUAGCAAGGGUACGGAACUAUAAAUCAGGUCCUACAUUUUACAAUGAGUUUAAAAAGAGUAAACGCUUCAGUGCUAAAGCAGCAAAGGGGAGCUUAAACCUGACUGUGUCACGAGUAGAGCCGUCGGAUUCAGCCACAUACUACUGCGCUAUUACACCCUACAAAGAGAUCAGCUUUGGAGAUGGAACCACUUUAAUGGUGACAGGGUCAGAGUCACACAGCAGGACAGUAGUACUGCAGCAGCUCAAGUCUGAGUCAUUGCAGCCAGGAGACUCUGUGACUCUGCAGUGUACAAUACACACUGAGACCUGUGCAGGAGAACACAGUGUGUACUGGUUCAGACAGGGCUCAGGAGAGUCCCCUCCAGGAAUAAUUUCCACCCAUGGAACCAGGAGUAAUGAGUGCCAGAGGAGCUCUGGGGCUGUGUCUCCCACACAGAGCUGUGUCUACAACUUCCCCAAGAGGAACCUCAGCCCCUCUGAUGCUGGGACUUACUACUGUGCUGUGGCCACCUGUGGGGAGAUCCUGUUUGGGAACGGGACCAAGCUGCACUUUGAGGGGAAUGGACAUCUUCCUCUUUAUUGCUUGGCGGGAGCUUUGAUGUUGAGCAUGGUCCUAAAUAUUGUCCUCGCUCUGAACAGGAGAAAAAACUGUGAGAACUGCAAAGGGUCUGCGUCAAACAACCAGAUGUCCAGAGAAGACUUGUCAAGAAAACAGUGUCAAGAGGAGGCAAUGAAUUACGCUGCAUUGAAUUUCACUGCCAAGAAACCCAAAGUGAGGCGGAACAAGAGGGAAGCGGAGAAAGAAACAGUUUACUCAGACAUAAGAUUUAGAGACCGCGAGUGAAGCUUUCCAUGAAGAAUUCAUCACAAGAAUAAUCGCUGUUUAUCAAACAUUUCCUCACUAUCAUUGGUGAACAUUAUACAAUGGGGCUGUAAAUGAGAAACUUAUUGUCUUAUCUUAUUUAUAUUAAGAGCCCCUUUGAGCUGUGCUUGUCAAUAGCUGUGCACUUGCUUAAAUUAAUCUGUUUUUCAAAAUAAAUGAAGUAAAAUAUGUAAAAAUUAUUCACUGAUGCGCCUGUGUUCUGACGUGAAAACAUCAGUUAAAUGUUGCUUAGUGUUGCUUAAUCUUGCUCAGUCAGUUUAAGGCAGCCAUGUAGUACAAUGGUUAGGGAACAGAAUGAGUAACCUGAUUCUCAGGUGAUGCACUGCCCUUACCCUUAAGAAAGGCCAUUAACCCAAAUGUCUUCAGUCUGUAUUGAGCAGUAUAAAAUAAAACUGUGUGCACUUA